AUGUCGAGUAUGAUUCCAGAAAUUCGUCAUUUUUCCUAUGAACAAAGACUAGAGAAACUAGGACUUAUAACACCGGAACAGAGAAGAAUAAGAGGAAGAGGAGACCUCAAUGAAACUUUCAAACUAAUGAAUGGCUACGAAUUUCUACGUAGUUUCAGCCCGAAAAACCCUGGAAUCGCGGGCACGGAACCCGAAGGUAAUGGAAUUCGGGCAUGGAACCCGAAGCAUGGAACCCAAGGUACGAAACCCGGGGCAUGGAACCCGAGGCACGGAACCCAGGGCAUGAAACCCGGGGCACGGAACCCGAAGCAUGGAACCCAAGGUACGAAACCCGGGGCAUGGAACCCGAGGCACGGAACCCAGGGCAUGAAACCCGGGGCACGGAACCCGAAGCAUGGAACCCAAGGUACGAAACCCGGGGCAUGGAACCCGAGGCACGGAACCCAGGGCAUGAAACCCGGGGCACGGAACCCGAAGCAUGGAACCCAAGCAUGUGUACAGCCGGGUAUAGAGAAAGGACACAUGACACGAGAGUGCAUACAGACAAUAGCAUACCCACUUAUCUACCGCCUGCUGAAUAAACUGACAUAG